AUGGUUCCCACUCUUACAUCCAAUUCUUCUCUUAUACCAACACAUUCCAAGAUAACAUUUCGAAAUAGUCCAUCAAGACCAAUCAAAUGCAAUUCUUCUGCGCCAGGCUUUUCGUUUGGGAGUCCAAGGCGAAAGGAUUCUUCGACUGUUUUUGUUGCUGGUGCUACUGGUCAAGCUGGUAUUCGCAUUGCACAGACUUUGCUUAGGGAAGGGUUUAGUGUUAGAGCUGGCGUUCCUCAACUUGCUUCUGCUCAAGAAUUGGCUCGUCUUGCUGCUCAAUAUAAGAUUAUAUCAAAUGAAGAGGCAAAGCGUCUCAAUGCUGUGCAGUCAAGCUUUGACGAUGCAGACUCAAUAGCAAAAGCGAUAGGCAAUGCAAGCAAAGUGGUGGUCACAAUUGGUCCCACAGAGGAUGGACCAACGACUGAGGUCUCCACGGCAGACGCCUUGCAAGUGAUUCAGGCUGCUCAGCUGGCUGGUGUAGGCCAUGUUGCAGUCAUCUAUGACGAAAGCGUCAGUGCCUCAACCAACAACGUACUUGAUGACGUCAAAUAUACCUUAAUCAAGACAAGUUUGACUGAUGAUUUCGCGCCAGAGAGUUCUUAUAAUUUGGUCGUCUCAGGCGAAGAAAGCACCCGUUCGAACGACUAUAAAGUAUCAAAGUCUAAGAUAGCAUCCUUGGUGGCUGAUGUCUUCUCCAACACACAGGUUGCAGAAAAUAAGGUUGUGCAAGUGUACACUGACCCAAAUGCUCCCUUGAAGCGUGUAGACGAACUUUUCAGCACUAUUCCGGAAGAUGGAAGAAGGAAAGCCUAUGCUGAAGUAUUAGAGAAAGCAAAAGCAGAAGAAGGGGCCAGAGCGGCAGCUGAAACAGCAAAGACGCCUUCCAAACCAGAAGCUCCAGAGAAGGCAGAAGUAGCUGGAAAUGGAGCAGCAGUGGAAGAUAUCUUGAGCAAGGCAAAAGAUUUUGGUGCAGGGUUUUCAUGGCAAAAGUUCAGCUCAAAGGUUGCCACCUCAAUUCAAAAGCCUGAUGAGAAUGAGAAACCAAAGGUGCAAGUUGCCACAGUGAGGGGACAGGCAAAGGCUCGGAGUCUCAUUCCGAAAUUAGCAGUGACUAAACAAACAAGUCCAAAAAACAGUGUGAGUAAACCAAAGGAGGAAAAAAGAAAAGCAGAAGCACCAAAGGAGCUUAGGAAGGUAUUUGGUGGCCUGUUUAAGCAAGAGACUAUCUACAUUGAUGAUGACUAG